GAGCUGGGGGCCACGGUGGCGGAGCGAUGCUAGACGGCGGGCCGCUGGAGCGCGCCGGCCUGGCGCUGCUUCUCAUGGCCGCCGCGGCGGGAGCAAGGCCGCGGCCCGCCGCCCCCGGGGACCAGCCCCGAUGUAACGUGGUGCUGGUCGCCUGCGAUUCCAUGGAUGGACGCUUGACAUUUUUUCCAGGAAAUCAGACUGUGGAUUUGCCUUCCAUAAAUUUUAUGAAAAAACAUGGCACUGUCUUUCUCAAUGCCUACACCAAUUCUCCAAUUUGUUGUCCUUCCCGUGCAGCUAUGUGGAGCGGUCGUUUCACUCAUUUAACAGAAUCUUGGAAUAACUUCAAAGGUCUAGAUCCAGAUUAUGUAACAUGGAUGGAUCUCAUGGAGAAGCAUGGGUACCAUGCACAGAAGUUUGGGAAAUUAGACUUUACUUCUGGACAUCAUUCAGUAAGUAACCGUGUGGAAGCUUGGACUAGGGAUGUUAACUUCUUGCUCCGACAAGAGGGAAGACCUAUGGUGAAACUUACAGGCCAUAGGAAGCAGUUUAGAGUGAAGGAAGCAGAUUGGCAGACUACUGAUAAAGCAGUAAAUUGGAUAAAGGAAGAAGCUGUUAACUUUACUCAACCAUUUAUUCUUUACUUGGGACUUAAUUUACCACACCCAUAUCCAUCACCCUAUGCGGGAGAGAAUUUUGGAUCCUCUACAUUUUUAACAUCUCCCUAUUGGCUUGAAAAGGUAAAUUAUGAAGCUAUUAAAAUACCCAAGUGGUCUUCUCUUUCAGAGAUGCAUCCAGUAGACUAUUACUCAUCGUACACCAAGAAUUGCACAGGAGAGUUUACAAAGGAAGAAGUGAGAAAUAUUAGAGCAUUUUAUUAUGCUAUGUGUGCAGAGACAGAUGCAAUGCUGGGUGAGAUUAUUUCAGCUCUGCAAGAUACUGGGCUUCUUGGAAAAACAAUCAUUAUAUUCACCGCAGAUCAUGGAGAACUUGCUAUGGAACACCGUCAGUUCUAUAAGAUGAGCAUGUAUGAGGGAAGUUCCCAUGUUCCUCUUUUAGUUAUGGGGCCAGGUGUAAGAGAGCAGCAGCAAAUAUCAGAUGUAGUAUCUCUUGUGGAUAUAUAUCCUACUAUGCUCGAUGUAGCAAGGAUUCCUGUCCCACAGAACCUCAGUGGCUAUUCUCUUAUACUGCUACUAUAUGAAAAGGCUGAGAGUGAAGCAUCAGCCAGAGGACCUCGGCCCUCAUGGGUACUGAGUGAGUUCCAUGGGUGCAAUGUGAAUUCCUCCGUGUAUAUGCUGAGAACUGGCAAGUGGAAAUACAUCACAUACUCAGAUGGCUCUUCAGUACUGCCCCAACUCUUUGACCUUACUGCUGAUCCAGAUGAGCUUACAAAUGUUGCCGUAAAAUUCCCAGUAACUGUACAUUCCUUGGACAAAAUACUUCGCUCUAUAGUAAAUUAUCCAAAGGUUUCUUCUUCUGUUCAGGAGUAUAAUAAAAAACAGUUUAUCAGCUGGAAACAAAGUUUGGGUCACAAUUACUCAAGUGUUAUUGCAAACCUUAGAUGGCAUCAAGACUGGUUAAAGGACCGAAAAAAGUAUGAGAAUGCAAUUGAAAAGUGGCUUGCUUCUGCUUUAUGUUAUGGAAUUAAAUGUCUUUAAUACUGCAAGCCAG